AUACAGAAAUUGAGGAGAUGUCUUCAGAAAGGACCAUGAGUGUAGUGGGGAGUGAAGUGAUGCCCAUGGAUUACGGUAGCAUGGAUACGGAGAGCAGUCCGUCUCCAUCUAGUUCGGAGAGGACGGUGGAGGAGAGGAGGGAGCAAAGGGUAGUAGAAGAGGAAGAAGAUGAAAUUCCCUUUAAUGUUAUAGAGGUUGAGGCUGGGGGUAAGGGGGAGAAGGGGUGGUACUACUUCAGCCCUUGGUCGUCCAGCAAAGAGAAUAGGAGUUUAUUCAUUUCUGGACCGUCAUCCAUCAAAGGAUGGAAAGAAAAAUUCUUCUUUGUGGAUGACACCGAGUGGAGUAGGGGGGAUGCCGAAGUAGAACAAUUGUCUGCUUGGAAAGCUAAGAAAGCAAAGCAGGACAAUUAUAAGCUGAAUGAGGAUGAAGUGGAAGAGGUGGGGAAGCUGGUGAAGGAAGAAGGGGAGUUAGUGGAUAUUAUGUACCUCAUCAGCACAGAGGCAGUGAGAUUUCAGUUGGUGUGUUUUGACAUUUAUGUUUGUUGUGCAGCUAAAAUGGAUGGCUUUUUGGACGCUGCUGGGGGGCUGCGUACCCCAAAAAAGCCAAGGAAGAAGUUAAAGACUUCAACUGCGGCAGAAAAGGGGGUGGCAGAGAAGGAGCGACUGUCCAACACUUCUGCUCGGGCUGUGGAGAUGCAACCAAGGCCAGAGCUUGUGAUGGGGGGCAGUGAGGAGGUGAGCGAAGAGGUGGCACCGCUCCAGAGGAAGAAUAGGAAGGUGGCAGAACCAGAAGUUAGGAGGGAUGAGCUGGUUGAGUUCAUGCCUCGGCCUUCUCCUUCGAAAGUUGAUGCUGAACUCAGGGAAAGGGAGGAGGCCAUGGUGCGAGGUCCUGGCAAAGGCAAGGAGCUCAUCCCUCCUCCUUCGUUCUAGAAGAGUUUGUUUGAGGCAACGAACACUACUGGAGCGAAGCGAUUCCUUAAUGCCACGCUUCCUAAAGUGGAUAGGAGGCAGGCAAGGGAGGAGGCGGUGAGCCACCUGGGGGCCCGUGUUGUUAGGCACGCCUUGGAGGUAUGUAAAGAAGUUGCAGUUUAUUCAUGUUUUACUUUUGAUUUUAUGACUUUUGCAUUUGAACUCUGACCUCGGUUUGCAUUGCAAAG